GAUCUUUGUGCUGCACACGAAAGGGAAAGGAAACGGCCGCUGCUCCCUCUGUUCCCCCGUCUGCCUGUCGCCUUUUAGCGCUAACGAGCCUGUGAUCGAUCGGGACCUUUCGGGGGAGGCGAGCAAGCAGUGUUCAUUCCCAGCUUCCAGUCAGGGCCUUUCCUACGGGUGUUUGAGUAUCUCUCUGCCUAGCAGCAGCAUCACAGUCCACCGCGAGGACCUCGCUCUGAAAUCCCCGCGGCGACAUUUAUUUAUCGAGCACGAAGUUGAUAGACAAGCUAGCUAGCUAGCCACUUAGCCCAGUCUUAGCUCGCAGAGAGUAGGUUUAAGUUUAUUUUUUCUCCACUUUUAUUUUCCUUUGUGGGUUCUUAUUUUUAAGCGGGACUGUGUGUGCCACUGGCGGUCGUGACUGUUUCCCCCUGAUACCUGAAGACUUAUUAGCGGUCAGGUGUAGAACGGUAAGCCGGCUGUUCGUAGCUAGCGUGCUAACCCAUAGCCUGCUAGCUAAUACCCUGCGUAUUUAAGUUGGGAACCAGUUGGAGGCCUCGGUCCAGCGCCACCUUCAGCCGCCAUAGUGUUCGCAUCGCCCCGCAGUGAGAGGUGACAGCUUCCUUGGUGACGCAGAGACUUCUCCCUGAGGAGCCAAGAAGCAGACGGCUCAUGACUUCUGACCAGGACACGAAAGUUGUAGCUGAACCACAGGUGCAGCAAGUACAAGAGGCAAAAGAGAACUCUCAUUUGGAAUCCGUCAAGGUUUCGGACCUCAACCCCAAUGCAAAAGCAUGGGCCAACCACAUGUUUAGCCUGGACCCCAGCGGGAGUGCUGACAUCACAACUGCUGCCCUGCAGCCAUGGAAGGAAGGCUGCGAUAGUUCUGCCGACCCCGGCCCUGAAGGCUAUGACGCCAGUGAAGACAAAGCGUACAAAGAGCCUCUGCUGACUGACCCUGAUGAGCCUCCACCAGUGGCAGUAAUGCUGGCUGAGCCGGCGCCCGUGGCCUCCGUCACCCUGGACUGCACCGAGCCAGGCUUUACUGACUCCCCGGACAAAGCUGGACACACAGUUAGUGAAGCCCAGGCUGAGAAUCCACAGGAAGGUUUGAGGGAACUCCUGAAGAAGACGCUGGAAUUCUGUCUUUCCAGGGAGAAUUUGGCCAGUGACAUGUACCUCAUCUCCCAGAUGGACAGUGACCAGUAUGUGCCAAUUGUGACGGUGGCCAACCUGGACCACGUCAAGAAGCUCAGCACAGACGUGGAGCUGAUUGUGGACAUUUUACGAUCUCUGCCAUUGGUCCAGGUGGACAAGAAAGGGGAGAAGGUGCGACCCAAUCAGAACCGAUGUAUCGUGAUCCUCAGAGAAGUCCCAGAGAGCACGCCCGUAGAGGAGGUCGAGGCUCUGUUUAAAGGGGAAAACUUACCCAAGUUCAUCAACUGUGAAUUUGCCUACAAUGACAACUGGUUCAUCACAUUUGAAUCAGAAGCAGACGCACAGCAGGCAUAUCAGUAUCUGCGCGAGGAGGUGAAGACCUUCCAAGGGAAGCCUAUUAAGGCGAGAAUAAAGGCCAAGGCAAUCGCUAUCAACACUUUCAUGCCAAAGAACGGUUACCGGCCGGUGGAGGUGAACCCGUACGCCCAGCAGCAGCAGCAGCAACAGCAGCAGCAGCAGCAACAGCAACAACAGCAGCAGCAGCAGCAGCGCUACACGUCGUCCUACUAUAUCCCAUCAGUUUACAGCCCGCAGCAGCAGUUCCCUUUAUACAGCCUCAUCACACCACAGGCCUGGUCGGCCACACACAGCUUCAUCGACCCCACACUGGUGGCCCCAUUUCACAACAGCCAGUUCAUGAACGGAUUUACGACAUCACACAGUUUCAAACCAGCGACGUCUCCUCUCACUGUCAGACACUACUCACUCAGGAACAGCAGGAAUCACAGUAAACCUCACUUGAGGCCGACUAUCCCCACAGCAGACCGCAGCACAGGGCUCCUGGACAGCCCCAGCCUCUUCCCCAGUUUCCCCAGUGAGAGACUGAAUGGCGUUCGCAGCAGCCCGCCAACGCGCCUCAGCUCCAGCCAGUCCAGGACGAGGUUACCGUCCACUGCGGCUUUCCCCCGCCGGGACACCAUCGGCACGGGCCGAGUCACUGAGCCCACGACCACGGACUAUUCACUGGGCAUCGGCCGAGGAAGGAAAAAUGUUUCUACUUCUAGGAAAAAGAGAGACGAAAAGUUUACAAGAGUGACGCCACAGUCGCCGCCGCCUCCUCCGCCCAAACCUCCGUCUCCAAGCUUUGAGCUGGGACUGUCCAGCUUCCCUCCUCUGCCUGGAGCCGCUGGACAACUGAAGUCUGACGACGUGUCCGACAGCAGGCUGGCCAGCAGCGUCGUCGUCGGGACUUUAAAGGAACGGAUCGUAAGCGUGGAGUCCAGCAGUACUGGAUUCUCUCCAGCCGGCCCCAAAGAGCCAAUACGAUCUCCCGCCUCCCCGUUGACGGCGAGCUUCCAGCCCUCGCCGACUGCCCUGACUGUGACCGUGACCUCGACCCCCACCCCGGGACUGACCAUAGCUGCUGGCCCCCCGCACAGUCCUGCUGCCUCCCUCCCAGCAGUAGAGGUGAAGGUGAUGGAGGUGAAGCCGAAGGAGGUGCAGUCGUCUGUGGAGCGAGUUUCCGGAACCUUGUCCACCGCAAGCAAAUCAGUGCAAGUCAAUGGCGCUGCCACAGAGCUGAGGAAGCCGUCGUACGCCGAGAUCUGCCAGCGAGUGAAGGACGCCCCAACGUCGCAGCCGCUGCCGACCCUGACUAAGGAAGCCAAGCCAGCCUGCGGUGCCCCCACGGGUGAGGAGAGGAAGUGCCACGACACCACCUCGGUGGACAUCAAGGCCAGAGAGACACACCCCCUCUCCUCCAAACCUGGCUCAGUGGCUGUCGCCCCAGGCAACAGAGCCCAGCGGGAAACCCGGAGGCCGGGCGGGCGCUGGGUGUCCCCACCCCCUCACUCUCACUCUCACCCGGGGAAAACCUCGAGCAAAGAUUCCCACCACAGCCCGCCAAAGUCUCCACAGUAAGGAGACUCCCUCCCCCUUUACUAUGCUCCACAGAUGCGUUUAAAAAGGAAAUCUAAGUCAGGGCUAUUAAUACAUGUAUCCCAGAAUCAGCAGACACAAACAAGCUUAGAGGACACUUUCUUUUUCUCGAUCAGGGCUUGCAAACAAAAAGCACUUUACUGUGCACGUAGAGCACCGUUCUUUCUUUUUACUCUUAUUUAUUUGCUUUUUCCUUUUUUUUAUUUCACAUUUUUUUUGCGUCAGACGAAAGUCAGGAUCGUUGUCGGAAGAAACCCCUCUCCCCCAACCCAACGCCCCCUAGAGGAUGAUGGGAAAGGGCAUGUACAAACGUGUCUGGCUCUAAAGGUUUAAUGAUGAUGAGAAUUAUGGGUCAUAAUAAGCAGGCUAUGUUUGUUCUAAACACUUAACCCGCGUCCAUAUGCAACCAAAACUCAUCACAACAAAACUCUGGAUAUUUUGGUUAUGUCCACACCCGGAAUUAUUUUUCUAAUUUGUCAGUUAGCACUGGUUAGCGCUGCUUCUUUAAAGAGUCUCCUCUCAUUUUUGUCGCACCUGUGCUGUUUUUUUCAGUGUCAGACAGGAAGUGCAUUUGGAAAGCAGAAACUUAACGGCACCUGGUUUUUUUUCUCGAGAAGCAAACUUUCUUUUACAAUUUUUUUGGGAAACUUUUUCAGAAAUGGUGGAAUUUAGGCAUUAAAUUCGUAGACGUGUUGAGGCGCAGGUUUCCGUGUGCAAAGUACCGCGUAGAAAAUUGUCAACGACUGAUAUCGCGACUUCCUUGACUCUAGCAUUUCCGACUUCCACUGUAAGCAGGCGUGCGUGUGGAGACUGGUGUAAGACCAGAUGGUUUGAGGAUGAUUUUGCUUCAUCUGAAGGGCAAGGAGGAAAUGACAUGACCACUAGCGCGUUUUUUUUGGUACAGUUUUCUGCAACAGGGAGGCGAGGUUUCACGUUCUCUCAGCAAACUCAUGGUGCUAAAGACAUCCGAUCCCAUGUUUCUGUGACUGCAGCUCAUCUCAUACUGAAAACGUAGAAAUAACUUUUUGAUUUUAGGAUUUAUUUAUCUGCUGUUUACCUCUAGUAGACGGUUUAGAAAAAAAAGGGAAAUAAAUCCUUUUAAAGGGAUAAAAUCGAGAUGCAAGUGGAGUUUUUCCAUGAGCAGAUUCAUGCUGCGUUGUCUCUGUCGGUUGAUUUUUGUUGUUUUCACUUGAACUCACUGUGGACACAGACGGACGUCAGCCACAGUUUAGUUCAGAUCAAUUUACGUUAAUAAUGUGUACGAAACAUUAACUGAAAGUUUUAGUUUUUUAUUUCUUUUCGUGAAAGAUUUGAGUUGAGGCUCAUGCGAGCUCAGACAAACUGAACUUUUCCCUUCGCAGAAACCGUGCAAAGUCCGUCCAUGGUGUUGAAGAUGUUUAGCUCCUCCCUCUUUGUUUUUUUGUUUUCCACCUUGGCGUUCUCUCAUUUUUUUCUUCAAGAUUGACCAAAGCACAUGUCCUUUCUCACUUAUCUUACUCACGAUAAGGAUUUAAAUUUAAAGCACCAGUUGCCGUGGGUUACGUUUUUUUUUCUUUGUUUGUGUGAAAAAUAUAUUUUUUCCAAAAACUGGAAUUAUGGUACGGUCCAGUCAUAGUCGUAAAUGUACAAAUAUCCAAUUUGGCAACUCGCGUCAGUCGUGAAAACAGACGUACACAUUGUACAUAAUUUUAUUUAUAGAUGCGUUGUGCCGUUUUUUGUGUGUGCGAAAUACAGCUAACGGUGGCUAGCCUGACAUAUGUUUUUGUCAGACUUCUCAACUCGAAAUGUAUGCAUUCUCAUUUUGACAAGAAGAUUCCAAGAUGGCUGCCACGCGGUUUCAUUUUUGCGCAGACGUGUUGCUACGAUGUUUUUCGACCCAAAACAUAUAGAACGCCGCUAGCCUGAGAUUUGUCGGAUUUCUCAACUCGAAAUUUAUGCAUUCUCAAUUUGGCAGGAUAAUUCCAAGAUGGCUGCCACUUGCGCUGUUUACAUUUUUUCCUUAGACGUGUUGCUACGAUGUUGGUCUACGCAAAAUACCCGACGAGCAUCGCUAAUGGCACUUACUGAUCAGAGUUUGCUGAUUUUCAAUUUCGCAAGUGAUUCCAAGAUGGCUGCCACUUACUCUGUUUAAUGUUUAUCCGUAGACACAACGCAGUUUGUCUAUACAAAAUACCAUAUCAGACUUCGGAACGCACCGUUAAACUGAGAGCAGGUGAAUUUCAGGCACAUUCUUUUUAUAUUUACAUUUUCUUUUCCUUUUUUGUGGGGGGAAGCUUUAAAAAAAUCGCAAAUAUUUUAGGAGUUGGGAAGUCGUCGCUUCUGUUUCACUGUAGCAGCCGCUUUUCCGGCAACAUAACCAGCUUGAUCUUUGAUGUUCUACUGAAAAAAAAAAAAAAUUAUCGUAACUGACUUUGCGAGUUUCGUGCGUUCGGGUUCGUAUUUCAGAUGCAAAAGCCUUAAAAACGAAAGAAGAAAUUAUGCUAAUAAUAAUAAUAAUAAACUGUACGUAAACACAGUAUCACAAAUCUACGCGAGCGACAUCGGACCUCGAACGUUUUGCCAACGUCUUCCUGCAACGGGGAAAAAAACCCACUAAGUCAAAAACAGGAGCUUUUGAGGAGGAAGGAAAAAAAAAAACUGAACUCCCGCUCGCCGCUAGCUACUCUACAUUUCCACGCUAAAGUUUUGUUUGUUUUUUUUAAGGUCUGAGGUGCACUUGGAUGGAUUUAUUUGUUAAUUUUUUUUGUUUUCUUCUCAUCGUCAACAAUGGUUUCAUAUAGAAAUAAACCAAUAAAUCACCAUAUCCACGUAUUUAUGAUGCAGUGCUGUUCAUUCCAUGAGGAAAAUAUCGUUAUGCUUUUUUGUUUUUUUCUGUUUUAGGGAGAAUAAAAGAAAAAAUUUAGAGACAAAAUCAAUGUCUCUCACACACACACACACACACACACACAUACUGACACGCGAGAGAAAGAGAUCCAGUUUUUUGAGAAACUUGAAUUUUAUUUAAACUUGAAAAAUUACGACUUUGCCUUAACUUUUAUACAAUUUAAGAAGAAAAAACUUUCUUUUCACUGAAAAAAAAUAAGUUUGUUUGAGGAGAAAAAAAAAAUCCCCUUAACAUUUAAAUGAAGCGUGGCGGUGUGUAAAAUAAUUUAGUUGCGUUUUCACAAGUCUUACGUCACAAAGAGAAUAAAUCGUACAUUUUUUUUCCUUUUUUUGUUUUUUCUUGUUAAAUAGUUUUUUUGGGGGGGAUAAACCUUGUAAAUGCAAAACUAGUCAAUACUG